GCCACUCGCCCAAUUCGACUUGUCAUCGACUCCGCUUUCUUCCCCAAACAAAAUUUUCAGGUGUCGCAUCGUGGAACGGAUUAAAAAUAAAUUUCUCCUCACCUCCCGGCCGGUAGGUGGUAAAAUGUUAUAAAUCUAAAUUUGCAGACAGUUCGCCGUCGAAAAACCAUCGGAACGUCCCGCUCGGAAAUGAUUCAGAAGACAAAAGCGUGAAAACAAAGUGAACAUCUCCCAUCGUCGCUGGCCCACCGUCUCCAUCGCAUCGCCCUCGGUGACAACAAUAGGAAAGAGCAUGCAAUUUUCUUUACCGUUCGAUGUUUUGCUGAUAUUCAAGAAACAUGCAGUCACUCAGGCAAUCUCAAACAUCACUUUGGCCCCAGCGUAGGAUGCCCAGCACACUUCUUUUCGCAAUCAAUAACGAGGGUCGUAUCUAUGCUCUGUCAACAGGCUCGUCAGCAUGGCGAGAGUUUCUUUAUCUUGGAUUAGAAUUCAAGAAAGUAUGUGCCGUCCCGCAUUUCAUGUGGGCCAUAGGUGGCGAUCGUCAAGUUUACGUACAUGUACAUGGUCUCGAUAUACCGAUUCGAGUUAAGGAGGUGUCAUAUGAGAACGAACGAUGGCUACCCAUUGAAGGAUUCAGUCACAGGCUAUUGCCAACGGACCGGUAUCAUUUUUCCUCGGCAGAUGGUAGCAUAGAUAGAAAUAUUGAUCGUAUCCGUCUACCAUCAAUGGCAUGGCAGUGGGAAGGUGAUUGGCAUUUGGAGUGUGAUUUGGAUGGUCAACCAUUGGAUCAUGAUGGUUGGGCGUACGCUAUAGAUUUUCCAGCCACAUAUCAGGCGAAAAAAUCAUGGAAUUCGUAUGUUAGGAGGCGGAAGUGGGUUCGCUUCAGACGGUAUAGUGCUUUAAACUCAUGGUGUGCCAUUGCUCCACUUCACAAGGAUCCCACCCAAGAGCCAUUCAUCGAUGUUGCCAUAGGGGGAACAAAUGUCCCCAGUGCAGAUACGGGUACACUUUUAGUUUGGGCUGUGACCGCCCAUGGUCGGGUAAUGUUUCGCUCAGGUGCAACGACGACGGCACCGGAGGGUCUUCGAUGGACCGCAAUCACCACACCUUCAGGCUGUGAAGUAGCACAAAUUAGUGUGGGAUCGACUGGACUAGUGUGGGCCGUUCUGUAUAACGGUCGAGCUAUAGUUCGCUCCGGCGUUACAAAAAAUUCUCUUACUGGAGAAUCGUGGCUUGAAGUAAAGCCGCCCGGGACUGGUUUGAAAAUAACUCAAGUAUCUGUGGGAACCGAUUCGGUUUGGUGUGUUACAAAUGAUAAUCACGUUUGGUUCCGACGCGGAGUGAAAGGUGAAGCGGCAGGAAUUAGUGAAGAUGCAGCGAUAGGUAGUGGCUGGGUGGAAAUGGUUGGAAAUAUUUCAAUGGUAUCGGUGGCAGCGAAUGAUCAAGUAUUUGCUGUUGGGUCUGAGGACAGGGCGCUUUAUUUUCGAUCGGGAGUAUCCUCUUCUGAUCCCACAGGCAAAAAAUGGAGACUGAUACAAUGUCCAAUGCAACUAAGUCGAACUUCAAGUACGGCAAGUUUAAUGUCCCGAAAGAGUGGCAGCUCUUCUCCCGGCUCAAAACAUCGUAGUCUUAGUAGUUUAUUCAAGGAAAAAGCUCACGUAGAAACAUCGGCUAUUAUAGAGAAUAUCGAAGAAACAUCGCGUAGUGCGCCAACAGACAAUCAGCGUCACAAACCAGAGCUUUGGCAAAAACCAGCGAAUUCUCCCCCGAAUGUAGGCAGCUAUAAUGGUAAUCGGAGGAGCAUGCAAGUAACUACCGAGCAAGCGUCCUCGAGCGCUCCGGCCAGUGACGUUCAAGAAAUUUCAGGCAAGCCUUUUGAGACGCAAUUGAAAAAUCCUCGAGCUUGGUCUCCGGUUCGCAGCGUUGGUUCCAUUGUGGGAACUGAAGCUCACCCUGAAACGGACUCCGUUGUAUUCAAUGCUGAUGUUUCCCGCGAUGCUGGGGUUUUUGGAGACGAUGAUGAUCAUGGAGGGUCUCAAUAUUGGGCCGAGUGUGAUGUGAUUUGGACAUGUUGUUCUGCUGGAGCGGUCUCCGUCGAUCCUUCUCAAUUGCCAACUUGGUUUAAUGAUAACUAUGGAAACUCAGAUCAAGCUGAAUUGUCACAGGAAUGGAGGCUACAUAAUCUUGAUCAACUCAAGAGACGGUCGGAAGCAUGGAAGGAUUUGGACUUAGAGAAGUAUGAGAAAGCCGUCGAAAUGUCGUCAUGGGUGAAAAGUGGUGAAGCACGCGCACAAAAACCAGGAGGAAUAUUCGAAGAUUGUCUAAUAGAGUUGGAGUGGGUUAGUUCGGCUGGAAAUGGACUUGAUUCCGGCACGCUCACCGUACUCAAUCCCGACGGUGUGACAACGAAAAUGCAAUUUUCUUUGUCAGAAAUAACUUGUGUUCAGUGCUGUAGUGAGCCCGGGAAUCCCCGCAUUGCUUUGCAUGCUCCGCGACUUCCAGCAGGAUCUUCACCAUUGAAAUUACAGUUUUCUGGUGACACAGAAAUGGAGGACUGGCUGUCUUAUUUGACAUCGGUUUGUUGUCAGAUCAAUGAAGUGCAUGGACGGCCAAACAAUAAUUCCAUUUGGAUAACAAGUAAUUUGGGAGAUGUUUUCGUAUUCGAUCCUGGCAAUUUGAAAGCGUCGCAAUGGAAUGCUGAGAAGGAAUGCUAUCAGCUAGAAUCUGACUUAACAGCUAGGGAGACUCCAUAUUACAACACUUUAUACAACGGAAUGGCUCCGGGAACUGAACUCAUUAUUACCGGGUGCGUGUAUGACGAUGGCGAUCAAAUUCGAUUUGACUUGCAGUGCCACCCCAAUAUAAAAGUGCGUCACAAAGUAGAGAAAUUACGUAUGAUUGCAAUGCAUUUGAAUCCUAGAUUUAAUGAGAAGGUAACAUGCUUGAAUUCCAUGGAGAAUUCUGAAUGGCAGAUGGAGUUGAGAAAUCCUAAAAUGGUAUUUGCCCCGGGGGCUGAAUUCAAACUCGUCAUAGUUUCAACAGCUUCAGGAUAUCAGAUCACCGUAAACGAUGCUCCAUAUUGCGAAUUCCAACACCGAAUUGAUCCUGAAUCUGUGACCUCCUUGUACGUUAGUGGACGCGUGAAACUCUUCGCGAUCACGUAUCAAAGCCCUUCUGUCAUCACUCCUCUGACUGACAUUUUCUGGCGGCAGAUUGGUGGUCAUAUUCGACGAGUCAGGACAUGCCAAGCGGGUGUAACGUGGGGCAUAAGUUGUGAUAAUACUGCUUGGGUUUAUACUGGAGGCUGGGGUGGGCAAUUCCUCAAGGGACUUGAAGCAAGCACCGGAAAGAUUCAUCCAAUGACUGAUACUCAUAACUACUAUAUUUACGAAAAUCAGCGCUGGAAUCCGCUAAGUGGAUACACAUCUACUGGACUUCCAACAGAUCGUCACAUGUGGAGUGACGUAACAGGAAAGCACAAAAGGAGCAAGGAGCACACAAAACUACUAUCCAUGCACUGGCAAUGGGUAUCGGAUUGGUUGGUAGAUUUUCAUGCACCAGGUGGAGUGGACAGGGAUGGCUGGCAAUAUGCCGUCGAUUUUCCCGCUUCUUACCACGGAGUCAAGCAAUUCACAGAUUAUGUUCGACGAAGACGGUGGUAUAGGAAAUGUCGCCUCACGACGAGUGGGCCCUGGCAGGAGUUAGGAAAUACGAAGAUACUAGACGUAUCGUUGCAACCAGAAGACGAUACCGUUGACGGGCCGGUCACGGUUUGGGCUAUUGCGGUCAACGGAGAUGUUUUAUUACGAAAAGGUGUUUCUCAAUCCAAUCCCAGUGGCUAUUCAUGGGAGCAUGUGCCAAGCGAGCAACCGCUCAUUUCCAUUAGCUGCGGACCGAAUGGAAAAGUUUGGGCGAUUGGUAAAAAUGGAUCAGCAUUCUUCCGAUUUGGUAUUAGUGUUGAGAAACCUCAAGGUGAAGCUUGGCAGCCAGUCGAAAGCCCGUCCGGAGUAGCAUUUAAGCAAAUAUCUGUUGGGCUGCAAGGAAUUUGGGCUUUGGACUCAACUGGUCGUCUGGCAGUGCGCAAGGAGCUUACGAAGACUUUCCCAGAAGGUACGCAUUGGCAGAUUCUACCCAAUGUUCCCAAUCAUCCGCCACAUUCGGAAGGCAGUGUUGGAUUCAAGAGUAUUUCGGUGGGAACAGAAGUGUGGGCAACGUCUUUGAGUGGAUUUGUUUGUAAGCGAUGCGGUAUAACAAAGGAUAAUCCGGCUGGAACAGGGUGGCAUCUAGGAAUACCGGGUCAAUGGCAGUUCGUGUCUGUUACCGGCUAUGAGUGAACCAAAGCUCGGAUAUCGUCUGUUUCGACGUUACCCUUUUUUAUUUAUACAUACAAGACAUGAUAUUUGGAAAGACUCUAUUUCUAUUAUAUACAUAAGUAAAAGCUUUUAAGACAUGGGCACAUUUUUUAUAAAAAUAUUUCUGUGUUUACAUAUUGUAGCUACUUUGAUUUGUUUUCAAUAUAUUUGUUAAAACUUUGUUUGUUGCUUUAUUUAGAUUUGACCGCGCUAAUUUUUCGCAAGUAAUAAUUGCUUUUAAGUUAUUUUUGUAUUUAUUAUUAUAGUUCUAGUCUAAUGUCGAUAUUAUUGUAAAACACAGUGGCAGUUCAAUAAAAAUAAGUAAAUUCUCUGAUUGAUCAAUUUCA